GUCGUCUUCGAACGGUCAGUGCGCUAGCAUCGUUUGUCCCGAGCGGUUGUACCUCCCGGUCCUCGCCCGUCACACAGCACACACAGCCCAGAGCGAGACGCAAGACUGAAAGCGUCGCCAGAGAAAGAAGAGGCCUAGAACAGAAGCGCGCGAUAGAGAGACUACUAGUUGUUAAAGAGGCGCUGAGGUCAACAUUCAUCAACCGUACGCUGUGAAGUGCAGAGAGUGAUCGGUGUAAUCUAUCGUCCCGGUGCAAGCCCGCUGAAAAUUGGAAAAACGCGCUCAUUCCGCGUGAAGAGAAAUCCCGCUAACUGACAGCACCCGACGCGCACGCACUACGGAGCGUCAACCAGCAGCAGGAGCAGCAGAAGCAGCGCGUCGUUAACGAUUUACUUGACCGGAAAGGCGAAGAAACCAACCCAAACCAAAAAAAUGAGUUCUGCGGACAAAAACAGUGAAGUCGAGGUCGAGAAUGUUGCCGCGGCGGAGGAGAAAGCCGAAACCAAGGAGGUGAAAGGAGUCAAGCGGCCUGCCGAGGAGAAAACUCCAGAAUCCAAAAAAGUGAAGAAAGACGAGAACGGCGCCGGCGAAGAGGAGGAAGAUGUGGAAGACGAGGGUGAGGAGCUGGAGGGCGAGGACGAGGAAUACGACCUUCCCUACGGCGAUGAAGAGGACAUCGAGGCUGAAGAUGAGGAGGAUGAUGCUUCAAUCGAGGGCGAAGAGGACGAUGAGGACGCGUAAUGAAUGAGAGUGGACAUGCGAGAGUGAGACUAACAAAAGAAAAAACAAAAAACAAACAAAACAAAAUAACUCUAGUAAUAGGUGAUUUAUUAUUUUGAAUUUGCGUUUAAAAGGAGAGAGAGCGAGAGCGAGGCGCGCGCUGCAAAAGGUAUAUGCAUCGAUGAAAACAAUUGUAAAGUUUGUUUGUGUAUAUAUUUUAUAAAAAAUGAUGAAGAGAAAAACCAACAAAAAACGCAAAACACAACACAUACACCCAUUCACCACACACAUACAAUCACACGCAGUACGCCAGUUAUCAACACAAGACAGAGAAAAAGAGUGAAAGAAAGAAAGAAAGAAAGAAAGAGCGAGAAAGAACACGAUAUAAGCAACUGGAUUUUCUGAAGAACAAUUAUGCUGAGUGCUUAUACAUAUAUAUAUAUAUAUAUAUAAAUAUAUAUCUAUAUAUAUUUAUAUAUAUAUAUAUCUAUGCAUCUAUAUAGACCCAAGGGUAUAAGAAAGAGUUAUGCAAACCAACACACAGAACGGAACAUCAUCAUAUGCACAGUUGCAGAAAAGCCCAGGAUACACUCGAUUCAGCGCGUGUUACGCGAAGGCAUACAACUUUCUGCGCACCUACCAUAAGGUUGUUAGUAGAGGAACGAAGUAACAGCAGCCUCUUCUGCUAUAAGAAUGAGUGUGUAGCACCGACAAAGAAGGGGAAAAAGACGGACACAAUGCGAGAUUAGUAAAUGGACGCGCGAGAAGAACAAGAUGAUGGCCCGCGAACAAGAGAGAGAGAGAGUAUCGGAAUGUUUUCUCAGCUCAGUUUGUAAUCUAAGCAAUCUAUGCCAAGCCACUCACACAGGUCGCAGGUCUCGGUAUAGUUUUAGAAGACUUCUAGAAGACUGGAGGCAACGGAGUGCUCUGCUGCGAGCCUCUGAAAAUCACGAGUGCGCUAUAGGGUGCGCAGAAUCACGGCUGGACAUUAGUCAUUAAAAAUGGGUCAAAACAUACAUUAGCCGCGGCGCGUUGCAUAGGAGAUGUUGUCAGUGAUGAUGAUGAGUGGUAUUAUAGCAAAGAAAAAGGUACACAACAUGGUCCGAAGACAGAAAUCACACACUACUCGCACAGCAUUAUUAAAAACAUUGAGGAGUGUUAUCCAUGAAGGUGGCUGAGAGACUAUAUGGAUCUCAUCAUCAAAUUGAUGUAACUCAAUUUCGAUUUGUGGAGAGCCCCCUUAGUGUAUCGGGGAGAGACGACGAGAUGGUGUCGUGCAUCAUCCUUUCCCCUUCAUAUUUGUGUGGCCAAGGCAGCCGAGGCGCACGUUACCAAACGCCCGUGCAUCCCCCAGGACACUACACCGUACAGUGUGACUACUACUACUACUACUACUACUCGACGAGCAAGAGCGCGCGAGAGAGAGAGAGACAUUGAGAGAUAAUAAAAGGACGACGGGAACUUAUAAACCUGACCAAAACACACACGAACACAUAGCGAUAUAGUAGAGGACCGCGCGGUGGGGACAUUGUUCAUUGCAAAGUAGAGAAAAUAAUAGGAGCCACCCAGCAACACACAUUACACUGUAUGACCGCAAGAGGAAGUGCAACAUAGAUUACGUUGAAUGUCUCUGCAAAAUAGUGCAAAAACAACAAGGAACCUAAAAUAAUCAAGCAGCAGCUCUAGCGUGGGGGAUACAUUUUUUGAAUGAUUUUUAGUUCUCUUUUUAUACUUAAUUAUGUUUUUUUUUAUUUUGUGUACCAAGUAGAAUGGAGCAAAAGAAUCGAGAAUAACAAACGCGAGAGAGAAGUAUAAACCAAUUUAUUAAAGCAGAGUAAAACAAUUGUAUCGAUCGAUUGAUCCCCCCCACAAUCCCAAAAUGUGUCGUCCGGCCGUACACCCGUGUGUCGGACGGACGGACGGACGAUGUUUGGCGCGUCCUCUCGUGGGUGGUACAUCCAAAAAUUAAGGAAAGUCCUCAACAUACACCCCCCCCCCCCACAUCGUUUAAUUAAACAUUUCGGACAGUACAUACUAUGUUUAUGGUAAUGUUUAAGAGGUCGUUCAUGGCGAGACACCGCCAUGUGAGAGGAUGCAAAAAAUAAAGAAAAGAAAACAUUGACACACAACAUAUGCACCUACGGUGAGAAAUUGAACUCUCUGGUGGAUGGACCCCGUCCCCACCACCCUAUCAGAAUUCCACAAUUUGGCCAGUUCUCUGUGGAUCGACAGUUGAUAGUGCAGACAGUAACGAUCCAAGCACACUUUGCCUAUUCGCUGUGGAAGGGGUUGAGAGGGCAAAUCGUAGAGAAAGAAAUGGAUGGCAUUAUACAAUAAUAAUAAUGACAAAAAGAGUACCUAACGUAGAACUUCAACAAAACAAAAUAAGGUGUUUAGUGUUUAAGUAUGCUGCGCUGCAUUUCUACCUACUUUUUGACUCAUGGCUCCUAGAUGAUCUUUUCAAAGUUUGCUCCAGAAAUUUUGGUUUUUCCUUUAAAAUGUUUUCGAUAAUCACCGUAACUCAUCGUUUGUGCAUGUUUCCCGCACUUACGUUCCGAUUCUACCAUAGUUCUUUCUUCUAUUGCUGCUAAACCUUUCUUUUUGGGGAAGUCCAUCGUUUAACCUUUUCUUUCUGCUCUGCAUCAUAUGAGCAGCAACCAAUGGGUCGUUGCUUGGUAACCGUGUGUUGUGCAGUAGAUGCAAAGCGGGUUACUUACUGAGUAAAAAAUAAACUUAAGCAGCGCGCGCUGCUGUGCAUACGCGUUUGAUGAAACUCUAUUUCCCGUGGAACUCUGUGAGCUCAAAUAACGAUAAUGAA